AUGGGGAAAAGAGUAGCAACUGAUCAAAUAACAAAAGAUGAUUUCGAAAGCAAUAGAUUUUAUGAUAAUGAUGAUGAUGAAGAUCAACAUCAACAGCCAUCUAAAGCUUCAUCAGAAGUAAUAUCAUCAAGAAAAAUUAUAAAACCAAGGGGUAAAUUACUAAAUAAAUCAUCUCCAGUGAAUACUAAUAUCAACAAUAAUGGAUUUAAAGGAUUAUUUUCAAAUUCACAACCAUCUCAAUCACAAUCACCACCUCAAACUUCAAUUAAAGCAAAUGAAGAAACUAAUCACAAAGUACGUGCUUUGAAUGAAAAUUUCAUAGAUUCGAUAAAUAAAUUAAAUCAACCAAAUUCGAUUGUUGAUUUUACAUCAAUUGCUGAAAAGUACAUUCAUUAUUAUAAACAAAUUCAUAGUGAUUCAAAAGCAGAUGUAAAACCUUUUACUUUCAAUUCAAAUCAAAAUCAAGAUCAAGUUCCUAGAGCUUCAGCAUUUUCAUUUACUCCUAUUUCACAAGAUACAAUUUCGAAACCAACUGUGUCUGCACCAGCACCAGCAUCAACUCAAUUUUCAUUUAAUCCAUCUACUACAUCUUCAUCAUCUAAUUUUACAUUCAACACAAAUAAAACCGCAAGUAAUGCAUCAACAAAUCCAAUUUUAAAACAACAAGAAGUUAGAAAAGCUGAAAAAGUGGAAAAUAUUUCUUCCGACUCAGAAUCAGAAGAUGAAGCCAUGCAGAAUAAGAAAGAAAUCAAGAUUCAAGGUCCUCAAUUUACACUUAAUUCAAACCCAACUGUUAAAUCAUCUCCAUUUACAUUUGAUCCUAAAAAAUUAGCUAAAAAGAAUGCUCCAGAUUCAGAUGAAUCUGAAGAUGAAAUAGAAAUCAAAGGACCACAAUUUACAUUCAACAAACCUAUAAAAGACAAAAUUUUCAAAUUCUCCUCACAACCUCAAAAUAGUGAAGAAAAGAAAGUUGAUUCAAAUUCUACUGUAUUUAAUUUCGGUAAACCUACAAGCGAAAACAAACCAACUUCAUCGAAAUCAUUUGGAUCCACAUCCACAGAUAAUACGAAAGCAGAAAAUCAACCACAGUCAGAAACUAAUUCACUGAAACCUUUUGCUUUUGGUUUAAAUUCUGUAACAAAUCAAGAUAGUUCCACUAAUAAACCUAUUUCUUUUGGAAAUAGUGCUACCAUCAAACAAAAUGAAGCAACUAAUUCAAAAACUUUUACAUUUGGUUCUAAUACAUCAACAAAACCAGCAGACUCAACAGCAUCUAAACCUUUUGCCUUUGGAUCAAAAAACACUCCUGCAAAACCAGAAGAGUCAAUACCAAUUACAUUAACUAAAAAAGAUGAGCAUCCUACAACAACAAGUACUAAACCAUUUUCAUUUGGAUCUAGUAACACAAAGCAAGAGGAGUCAACAACAACAACAACUACCAAACCAUUUACAUUUGGAGGUUCUAAUACUAAUGAUAAACUUGGAUUCAAUUUUGGUACUACAUCAACCACUAAAGAAACCGAAGUAGCUAAACCAAGUUUUAAUUUCAAUCCAAAACCUACUACUGAUAAUAUAGCUAAACCAUUUGGCGAAUUUAAUAAUACUCAAUCAGAAGAUAAACCAAAAUCGAAUCCCUUUGGCUCUACUGAUAAACCAACUUUUUCAUUUAACAAACCAUCAACAGAUUCAACAAACAAACCAUCACCAUCCUUUUCUUUCACAAAUAAUCCAGAAACAAAAUCAAAUGAAGGUCAACAAGCAACUUCUUCUUUAUUUGGAAAUACUGCUAAGCCAGCUUUCAACUUUGGCAGCUCAACUGAAAAGAAAGAAGAAGCAACAAAUAAUGCAGGUUUCAAAUUUGGUUUCUCAUCAAAUAACACAAGUUCGGGAUUUCAAUUUGGGUCUAAACCUGCAACCUCAUUUGGUACAAAUUUGAAUGGUACACCUACAUUAUUUGGCUCAUCAUCAUCAACGACCACUUCUUCAACUACUGAUAAACCAACUUUCAAUUUUUCAUCUAACAAUAAUAAUAAUGCCUUUGGAGCUUCAACAAAUCCAUUUGGGGGUAAACCAGAUGAAAAGAAAGUUGAAGAUGCUGAUGACGAUAAGGUACCAGAAGAAGAAACAGGUGGCGAUUUUGCUCCCGUUGCUUCAUUGUCCAAUGAAAAAGUCUCAAGUGAAACGGGAGAAGAAAAUGAAGAUUUGCAAUUUACAGUAAGAGCCAAACUAAUGGAAUAUAAUAAAGAAAAUAAAGAAGAUCCUUAUAAGAAUAAAGGUGUUGGAGAAUUGAAAAUUUUAACAAAUAAAUCCACAGGUAAAUCAAGAAUUUUGUUGAGAGCAGAUGGAUCGUUUCGAGUUUUACUAAAUACCUCAAUUAGUAAAAGUAUAAGUUAUACAAAGUUAGGAAAUGCAAAUCUAAUAACUAUACCUACAAUUGAUCCAAAUGAUACCACGAAAUUGAUUACGUAUGUGAUACGAGUACGUAAUGCUAAAGACGGAGAAGAAAUGUUGAAAAAAAUCGAUGAAUUAAAACAAUAA